AUGGACAGCAAUGUCCGGCAAGCCUCUCUUCCUCCUCCCCCAAACAGCAAUGCUGUUUCUUCUGUCCCGCGAGAUUACGCAGGGCAAGCUUCUCUUCUUCCUCCUCCCCCAAACAGCAAUGCUGUUUCUUCUGUCCCGCGAAAUAACGCAGGGCAAGACCAAAAUCCCCUCUCCACCAACAACACUGCUGACACUCCUAUCCAGGGAGACGACGCUGGCGAUGAUCAAAUCGGUGCUGACGAAGAUUUGGUCUUUGAUCUUACACAACGACUAGGAGUGUUUCAAACGCAGUUGAUAAUUGCUGAGCUCAAAAUACGGAAACUCCAAGAGAAUGAAACCAAAGGUCGCAAAGACAACGAUAGUCUUAGACUUAAACUGCGCGAGGUCACGGACGAGUUACAAUCACUUCGUGACUUGACAGAGCAAGACCAUGCUAAGAAGAGUCAUACAGCAGAAUCCGCCGACUCGGUGGAUGAGAUUGCUAGUUUGACGCAAGGGUUUGCUAGAUUGACGCCUGGAUCGAGGCAGGAGACCACGGAUUUACGGCAAACGCACUCUGGACUUCGAGUGUGGAUGGAAGCGGCUAUGGCUUUGUUCAACCAGCGCGGGAUCAGAGCAAGGUUGCCCGACGAGUAUUACAAGAUAUGCCCUCCAUCAAACCCAGCUCAGAUUAUAGGAGGUGCAGAUUUUUCUGCGGACGAGGAUUUCGAGGAUGAGAUGGGGAAGGCCAUAAAGAAAUCGCGAGAGUCCCAAUUCCUCCCGCAACAAGAGGGAGAGGGUUUUCUAGCUCCAUCCGAUACUCUCUUGCACGCGGAGGAUGUCGACGAGGGCUUCGAAGCGGAAGGUGAUACGCGCAAAAACAAACAAAAGCUGUCAGCCUUCCAGCCUUUAGAUAACGACCCAGACCCAUCAGAUACGCCUAAGGAGCCAACACUGAAUGAAAAUUUACCGCCAUAUUCGGCGGAAGGGUCAGGGGUCCAACCAACAACCGCUCCUGGGACUUAUGGACUGUUCAUCCAGAGGUUCGGCGACCGUAUACCCCAGCCUGUAGGUCCGUCCGAAGGUAAUGGUGAUGCUCUAGCGAGACUGUCGCUAACUGGGUUCCCCUCCAUUGCAAUCGCCCCAGUGUCAUCGGCACAGCCAGAUCUCCAGCUUGGUGGCAUUGGAUUUGCGGACGCCUUGAGAGCACCACCACCCGAGCCGGAGGAACCGAACACGACGACAAAGCCGAAGCUCUUCAGCCUUACCGAAGCAAACCGUCGGUUAGAUGCACUUGUUGCAGACGAGAAGCGGAUACAGGACGAGGAGGAGGCACAGAAGGCGAUGCAAGAACAGGGAGCUCAAGCCCAAGAAGCUCCUAAAGUGGUUGCAACAAAUUUCGUAUCAACUCAUAGUCUGAAGCGCAAGUAUCGAGGCGACAGCCCCGAAGGAAGAUUCUCGGUCAAGGCUCCGAAGCCCGCCUAA